AAAAAAAAUAAUAAAUCAUCAAUCGCAUCGCAGCAGCAGCAGUGCAGAGGAAUCAAGUGAAAGAUUUUUAAAAUAUAGUUUAGUAGGAAAGCGUAUUAAUUAAAUUAAGGAGGAAAUAUAUAAAAUCAGAGAAAGGAUGGUGUCCCGGGAUGAUGAGUACGAUUAUCUCUUCAAAGUGGUGUUAAUUGGUGAUUCUGGAGUUGGGAAGUCCAACCUCCUCUCUCGUUUCACACGGAAUGAAUUUAAUUUGGAAUCAAAAUCCACGAUCGGGGUUGAAUUCGCUACAAGAUCAAUCAAAGUGGAUGGGAAGACCAUCAAAGCCCAAAUUUGGGACACAGCGGGACAGGAGAGAUACAGGGCAAUCACGUCAGCUUACUACCGCGGGGCAGUGGGAGCCCUGUUGGUGUACGACAUAGCGAAGCACUUAACGUAUGAAAACGUGGAGCGAUGGCUUCGUGAGCUGCGAGACCAUGCGGAUCAGAACAUUGUCAUCAUGUUGGUGGGUAAUAAAUCGGACUUGCGACACUUGAGGGCCGUGCCAACGGACGAGGCAAAAGCAUUCGCGGAACGACAUCGGUUAAGUUUUAUCGAAACGAGUGCUCUGGAUUCUACGAAUGUCGAAACCGCGUUCCAUAAUAUCCUCACAGAAAUCUACCACAUAGUAAGUCAAAAGCAAUUAAAUUCCACUCCGGCAACGAAUUCCUCAACUGAUCACGUGAUUUUGCCUCGACCAAUUUCUGCUGAAAAUGAAGCCAACAAAUCAAACAAAAAUUGCUGUCAAAAUCUUUAAAAUUAUUUCAUUUAAUUAUUAUGAAAAAAUAAUAAUUAUUCAAACUUUCGCGCCAUAAUUUAAUAAA